UUCUAUCGAAAAAUUACCAUCACCACGUCAAAUUUCGUGGAAAAACAAUUUCUGCCGCUUUUUGGCAAGUAUAUACUUGAAAUGGUAAAUGUCAUGAAAGGAGUUCUUGUGGAAUGUGAUCCGGCCAUGAAACAAUUUCUUCUGCAUUUGGACGAGAAGCUGGCAUUGGGUCGCAAAUUCAUCAUUCAAGAUCUGGACGAGAGUCACCUAUUCAUCUCCACGGACAUUGUGGAAGUGCUGCAGGCGCGUGUAGACGAUUUAAUGGACCGUAUCAGUUUUCCACUCCACGACAAAGACGCCUAAAUUCAACUCCUCCCGAUACAACACUAUACCACCCUC